CCUCCUCCCCCUCCUGCUGCUCCUCUUCUUCUUUUCCCUCUUGUUCUUCUCCCUGUGCGUUGAUGAGGCAGUGUGCACAGCGGCGGUGGUGUUGAAGGUGGGGUGCACCAGCGGUCGCAUCCUGACUCCAGCCCAGAGGUCCCGGACAGACGCGUGAUGGUGCGGACUCAUUGAUAAAAAGCUGAGCUGCUGGGAUUAAAAUGAGCACUCCUGCUGAGCGGCUCUCCUCCUCCACAUAGCGCUGCCUUCUCUGCACAGGAUCUGUUUUAUGUGACUUCAGCAGGCGACGCAGGAUGACUACUACCUUAUCGCUGGUGAUUUUGUGCGCUUUGGUGGCGUUAGUGUUGGCGGCUAAGACGGAGCGGGCGGUGCCGCACCCCUGCGAGUCCGGCCAGUACACCAGCGACGGAGAGUGCUGCAAGGAGUGUCCACCUGGAGAGGGAGUGGUGCAGAAAUGUGGUGCUACUCAGACCGUCUGCGCCCAGUGUUUGGACAGUGAGACCUUCUCUGAGACCUACAGUCUCACAGAGGAGUGCACGCCAUGCACACAAUGUACCGGCCUGAUGCGGCUGGCGACGCCCUGCACCGACUCCAACGACGCCAUAUGCAUCUGCAAGUACAACUACUUCUUCAACGCGAUAUCUAACCGCUGUGAGCCCUGCACGAUUUGCCCGGUAGGACAGGGUGUGUUUGCUCACUGCGAUCACGAUCGCGACACGUUGUGUGAGGAGUGCGUGGACGAUACCUUCUCCGACCGGGAAAGCUCCCUCGAACCCUGCCUGCCCUGCACCAUCUGUGAUGAGGAAACUGAGCUACAGCUGGGUGUGUGCACGCCGGUCCAGGACUCUGUCUGUCAUAAUCCGAACCUACCCACGGACAUAACUCCCACCUCGGAUUUGGGUCCGUCUCCACCCUACUACACCGAUUACUUCCCCCUGGAUGGCUCCGACAGCCCGUUGCCAGGUGGAGAGACGACCACAUCAAGCGCCGGCUCUCCUCGCUUCCUCGGCCACGGCCUCAACGAAAACCUCAUCCCUAUCUACUGCUCAAUCCUGGCCGCUGUGGUGGUGGGCCUGGUGGCUUAUAUCGUUUUUAAGAGGUGGAACAGUUGCAAGCAGAACAAGCAGGCAGCUAAUAACCGUGCGGCUACAAACAACCAGAUGGUGACGCCGGAGGGAGAGAAGCUGCACAGCGACAGCGGCAUCUCGGUGGACAGUCAGAGUCUGCAGGAGCAGCAGCAGCAGCAGCAGCAGGCCCAGGCUGAAGUCCAGACUCAGCAGUCACACUCACUCACACAGGAACAAAUAGUGGUGAGGGUGGAUGGUGACCCCGAGCCUGACUCGCCUCCCCCUGAAGCCUGAGGAGGAAGAGGAGGUGUCAGAGCUGAAUACAGGGAGAGGAGAGCGGGGACCUGGACCGUGGACCAAAAAGAAAGCAGGGUGUGGGGGGGGGGUGGUUGGCCACACAGAGACUGGCCAUAGAGCAAAGACUUGAAUUGCAUGGACCUCCCAGCGCCUUUGGGCUACAGCCUGACUCUUCAUCCCUGCAUAUAGAGUCCAACUCUAUCUAUCAGUGUGCCUGGACACAACCUCUACGGCAAUAUCAGUCACCAUCUGUACCAAUGUCCCCGCAGAUACAUUAUCAUAGAUAUGGCAGUGCAUUUCCUAUUAACUGAACACACCAGUAUCUAAUGUUGACACAUGACAUAAUUCUCACUAACUGCCAGCUUAUCCUCUACCCCUUUCUCAGCUUUCCAUUUUCCUUCUGAUUCCACAUUCACUCGCCAUGAAACACAUGUGCCUAAAAGGUAAAUAGGCAGAAAGGUAUUCCAUUGUCUCGUCUCUCUUUUCAGCCGUUUUCCUCUCACUCUCUCACAUCUUCCUCUGUGGCAUCCCACUCUCAGACAAUCCUCUCUCCAUAGGAUUCACUCUAUUAGACCCCCACCGUCAUCUGCGAUACAAAAAGCAGCGGGGGAGCUGUGAGUCACUCCCAACUUCUUCUGAAGUUUCUUGUUCUUUUAUCAUUUUACCACAGACGCGUUUCACGGCAUGCCGUCUUGUAAAAUGUUUGCGUCAUUGUUUGAGAUUGGCCACACCGACUGAUGCAAGUGACUCACAUUUGGGAAGAAAGGUCAAUUACCGUGUAGCCCGCUCGGUAAUCAACCAUUUUUCCUCAGCGAGAUGCUUCGUCCUGCGCUCCGCGGUCUGCAUGCCCUCUGUGACACAGACCCCAUCACAGCGCCUCCAGGGUUUGUGUUUCAGCAAUUUCAUGCUUAUAAUGUAACACACCCAAAUGUUUGUCUCCUGUUCGUGGUGCAUUACUUUCAUUUUGUGGCUUGAGUUACACGGCUGAUGCAGUGCCUCCGUGCUGCUCUGUGGAGCCUGGACGUGCAAAAUGAGCGAACCAUCUCUGGAAGCUGGAGCUCUGCUGACUCACCGCGACAAGUUGACAUGUCUAACGGGAAGCGAAGCCGUCCGAUGAGCAAAAAAGGAGCUGUGGCGUCAUUCAGAGCUGCUCAUUAAACCGGCGCUUUGAUGAAAAAGGAAUCCCAUCCAUCAUAAUUUACAUUUAUUGUAUGGGAAAUUGGGACACCCCUCAGAGGCUAACUCUAUUUUUACUAACCCCACCUCCAUCUCCACAUUCUGCAAUUUUGCGUCCAGCUCUGUCUCUGUUAUAGAGCCCGAUGAACAGUGUUGAAGCGCUGAUGCAUUGCCAUUGGCUCACGUCAACACUGGGCCCAUUAGAGGGACUUCCUGACAGGCAGGUAGUAAUUACCUCAGGGUUUCAGCUUCAUUUAGCCCCUGCUCCACUCAGAUCAGCCACCUCUCAUCUGGAUUAAUGCUGCGGACAACAGAGGGUCGACACAGCUUUCCUUCGAAGCCGCAACAUUACAGAUCCCUUAUCCAAGUCCAAGACCGCUGACAUUUACUGUAUCGCCAUGGUAAUAUAAAAGCACUUAGUCCAGGCUCACUUCUAAAGCUGGGUGGCACCUUUUAUCACACGGGGCCGCUUUUAUGUCGCCCCCACCUACUGCUCGCAGUAACCGUAAAAGCAGUUGACACAGAUACGUUGUAAAGGAAAUUUACUGUAGCUGAGAUUGACUGCGCUACGUUAGCAUUCAUUCCUACAGCAGCAUGUACCUUCUCAGGGUCCCUCUUGUUGUGGUACCACUGAAAACUGUCAAGAGAUCUGCAGAGGAUUUCUGUAAACAGCCUGUAGAUGUAUGAUAGAGUAGGUAGGUAGACAGGUGUAAGUUAGGUGUUAGGUUCACACGGGAAGAGAGUAGGAAGACAUGGGCUGAUACGAUUCAGAAACUGAUGAAUUUAAAGAAAUAGUUUGACAUUGUGGGAAACAAACUACUUAUUUGAUCUCCUGUUGAGAGUUUGGUGACAAGACGGAUACCUCUCUCAUCUCAGCAGCUGGUUAGCUUAGCUUAGCAUAAAGACUGGAAACAGGGGGACAGCUAGCCUUGCUAUUACUAAAGGAAACAAAAUCUGCCAAAUAGCAGAUAAUAGCACCUAAUAGCAUAAAGCUGACAAAUGAACACAGCACAUGUUGUUUAAUAGAAAAAUGAAAGUGUGUGGAAGACAAAGAAAAUCAGCCGUUACAUCCUGCCUGAUGCUGCAUGAAUCGGUCACAUGGUCACCAACAUCCCAAGACAAUGAAACUUUCUCGUCUCUUCACAUGUGUUUCAUUCUGUAUCACUGCGUCAACAUGAAUGGAAACAAAUAAAACUCAGCUGGAUUUUGCUCACAGCUCCUGGGCAUGUGGUGUGGACAUGUGACCACACACACACACACACACACACACACACACACACACACACACACACACACACACACACACACACACACACACACACACACACACACACCCACAAGUACAGUGGAUGAUUCACUCCUCUAUUGAGAGAGCCGGUAUGAUUCAUCCUGAUCCUAGCUGUGGCAGUGACAUUAAAGCAGACGCUGCUACAGUAUGAGUGACCAGAGUGUUGAUUUAAAGAAAAAAAAAAAAAAAAGAAAGAAGAAAAACUCAACAUCCUCCUCGAUUCCCUCUGCCCCUGAGCCUCAAUCAGCCCU